UCAACCAGGACUUUCCAUAUCGGCGUUUCUAAAGCACCCAUUCCUACAGACAUGGACUGUCUUCUACAUGCUUUUUCAGCACUUGAUCACUUGGAUCUUUGCCCCCAAUCCUCCCAAGCCGACGGCUGAUACAGAUGGCCUCCCGAAGAAGCGAAUCGCCGUGAUUGGCGCUGGUCUUACCGGAGUUUCAGCGGCAGCACACUGCGUCGGCCAUGGGUUCGAUGUCGAAAUCUUCGAAGCCAGAUCCAAAGACAAGGGUCUUGGAGGCAUCUGGAGUCGUGUCAACUCGACAUCCUCUCUGCAAAUCCACAGCCUUAUGUAUCGGUUCCACCCGUCAGUGAAAUACGACGCCGCCUACCCAACACAAGCAGAGAUCAAAGAACAGAUCGCCAGCCUCUGGAAGCGCUACGACCUGCAGAAGCACACAACCUUCAACACACCGAUCACCUCGGUCAAGCAGACCAAGAACGGUAGAUGGAUCAUUAACAACGACGAAUCCAAGUAUGGUCGCUUCGACGGGAUCAUUGCCUCCGUCGGAGUGUGCGGUGACCCCAAGAUGCCCCCCCUCCCGGACCAGGAGAAGUUCAAGGGCCAGAUCUACCACUCCUCCGAGCUGGACGGCAAAUCCGUGGAAGGUAAGAAGGUGCUCAUCAUCGGCGGCGGCGCCAGUGCCAUCGAAGCGCUGGAGUUCGCCGUCAAGAACCACGCCGCCGAGAUCGACGUUCUCUCACGCUCUGACAAAUGGGUCAUCCCGCGCAACGUAUUCGUCCAGUCGCUGCUGGCGAUGAACAUCCUCGGCCAAGAGACCUCCCUCUCGUGGAUCCCAGAAUCACUACUCCGCAAGUUCUUCUACCGCGACCUGUCCGACAUCGCCCCCUCGGGCGGUCUGUUUACCGGCACCCCGAUGGCCAACUCGGAGCUCUUCGAGCAGAUCCGCAAGGGUAAGGCGCGCUGGCUGCGCGGCGACAUCGUCUCGGCCGAGGCGGACGGGAUCCGGUUCAACUUUCGCAGCCGCGGCGUGCCCAAGGGCGGCCCGGGCCACGAGUCCCUCGUGCCGGGCGAUGUGGUGAUCAUGGCGACGGGCUUCAAGCGGCCCUCGCUCUCGUUCCUGCCGGACGACGCCUUCGAGGAGCCGUACUCGCCGCCCAGCUGGUACCUCCAGACCUUCCCGCCCAAGUACCCCAGCAUCUGCGCCAACAACAGCACCUACGUCAACGCGAUCGGCACCGUCGGCAACAUGCACAUCGGCAUCUACACGCGGUUCCUGCUCAUGUUCCUGACGGACCCGCUGUCGCGGCCGACCGAGGGCCGCAUGAAGACUUGGAUCGACUUCACCCGGCUGAUGAAGAAGAUGUCGCCCGUCGGGGCGUUCGAUUUCUUCACCUACACCGAGCUGAUCUACUGGUUCGUGUUCUGCAUCUUGGUGAAUCCAUUCCGGUGGAAGUGGGCGCCGUUCGUCCUGUUUGGCAUCGGAUACAUGCUUCCGUUGGAGGUGGUGAAGCAGGAGGAGGCGUUCAGAAAGGAGCUCAAGCGACAGCACUAAAAGUGGUUGGUGGAUGUAGAAAGACAUUCUGAUAAAGUUGGACAUUGACAUGAUUGUGAGAUAGCUAGCAACUGUCUCGACAUAUUGAACAUCUAAUGACCUGAUGAUAUUUUACUUUACUUGUUACAAAUGAAUUUGCUGAUAUGUGCAUGCAUAACCGUUCGCACAAUGUACAGUCCC